AUGCGCGCCUCUCCGGUCUGCAGCGGCAUUCGUGGCAUCUUUCCGCUCAUCCGCAGCCUGGUGCCGCAAGCCAUCUCGCCACCUUUCGCGCUCUCGUCGCUGCGCGGAUUACGUCUCGCCAUCGACGCGACGUUGCUCGUGCAGCGACUGCACUUUGCCGACGACCCGCACCCAUCGCGUCAUGUGGUCGGAUUCUACCGCCUCGUGACGUCGCUGCGCCAGCACGGCAUUGUGCCGAUCAUGGUGUUCGACCACCCGCACAAGAGGCUGGCGCUCAAGGACCGCGAGCAGCUCAAGCGCAAGCACAAGCGCGAGCUCGACCGCGUCCGAAGCAGACUCGAGCACGAACGCCAUGGAAGGCUGCAGGAGCUCCAGAGCCAUCUGGAUGCCAUCGCCUCGCUGGCCGAAGACGAGCGUCGUCAGGUCGGAGAGCUGCUGGACCAGUGGCAAGCCCAAAGCAUCCCUACGCAACAGCCGGCGGGGCUGUACAAGCCAGAGCUGCCGGUGGAAGCUUCGCGGCCGCAGACGGUCGCAUACAGCAUGCAUGCCAACUAUCUGCAGCUUGAGCAGAGCUUACGCACGGGCGCCAGCAGCCAGUCCAAGGGCCAGCGGCUGCUUGCCCAGGCCGAAAAGCAGGUAUACCAGACUAUCACUGCACAGCUCGUCUCAGGCGAGGCUGUGCAGCCGCCCCCCGUGUUGAGCAUGCCCGACAUCUCGGCCACCCUCGACGCGCCACCUCCGCCGUCGCUUUCCUCGCUGAAUGCGAUGCAUCACUCACUGAGCAAGACCUACGAUCGCGCCACGUCGCCGCUGUCGGCGUCGAUUUACCAGGACUGCGCGGCGCUGUGCUCGCUCAUGCAGACCGCCGUGUUUUGGACGGGCGACGGCACGCGCACGGGCGGCGGGCGGAUCCACGAAGCCGAAGCGUACGCAGCCUCGCUCGUGCGCGCGGGCUUUGCCGACCUGGUGGCGAGCGAGGACAGCGACGUGCUGCUCUACGACGCGCCGCUGCUGCGCGGUCUCAUGGGCGGUGUACGCAGCCCGGGCGUGCUCGGCCAAGCAAGCAGGGGAAAGCUUGAAGUGGUCUGUGGCACGCGUGUCCGCCGUGGCCUUUUCCCACAGGAAGAGGUGGACCGACUCGUCCAGAUGCACUCGCAAGGAGAGGCAGCGGCAGAGGGGGUGGCGUAUGAUCGGACGACGCGCGCAUUGAUGCUCGACUUUGCGCUGCUGUGCGGGACGGAUUUCAACCGGACUGUACCCGGGAUCGGACCCAAGACGGCAUUGCGGCUGCUGAAGGAACACGGCUCGAUCGGAACGAUACUGCGCAAGGAGGCCAAGUUUGGGCCACCGGAUGCACUGAGCUUGCGCGAGUACGAGACCGAGCUGCGCCAGGCGCGCAAUGUGUUCCUCCAGCCACCCAAGGUUCGUGCUGCGGCGCGCAGCAUUCUGGGCACUGCGGCGUUUGAGGCUGCGACGCAGAUUGCUGCGCAGCCGACCACGCCCCAAGUGGAUCGUCUCAUUGGAGGCGAAUCUGUCAGUCCGCGCGUCCAAGAUAAAGCGGUGCUCGAGGAUGCGGCAAUGGGCGAUGGCGAAGCGGUCGAUUGUACUGCCGAACCAACGGCGGCUGAAGUACUCGAAUCGAUCUCCGCACCAAGCGAGACCGAGGCCACACCGAGCACAUCGGUCGAGCCUGCAAGCGUGAGGUUCGAUCGACAGGCGGUGCACGACUUUCUGCGUUCGCGCGGCGUGUUCCGAUCCUCGCUACCGGACUCGCACGAUCUCGACUAUGCAGACCCGCCCGCGCGCGAACAAGAGUGGCGCGACCUACUUGAUCUUGAACUCGGUCUCACCAGCCCAUCCCCAGACACCAGUCCGGCUCAGUUCGACACCGACACGCAUGCUGAUCUGGCACUGGCCACGCUCGGCGCCGACUUCUUUGGCGAACGCAACGCCGUCGCGUGCUGGAAUCCUCACAUGGAACGCCAUGUGCGCGCCGAAACCACCGCCCAUCCCCGCCACUCUCCGUCGUGA